AUGAGUGAGAGAGAGAAAAACGUAGAGAGAGAGAAUUUGAAAGGAAAGUCAGUUCCGGUUGAGUGUUGGUCGGUGUUUAUCGAUAAUCUUAGUAAAAGGGUCUCCCAUCGUACGCUUAGGGAAUUAUUCUUAGUUCAUGGUCCUGUUACGAGAGUUUUUAUUCCCAGUCAGACUAGAAAUCCAAAAUACAGGUUCUCUACUUUUGCCUUUGUUCAUUUUAAGAGGGAGGAGGAUCUGAAGAGGGCUGUUGAGGAGUUAAACGGGAUUGUGAUUGAUGGAAGGAAGAUCUCAGUUAGUCCUGCCAGAUUUAAGGAUGAACGUUCAAGGUCAAGGGUGUUGCUUUCUUCUUCAAACAAUGAUGUUGGUCAGUUUAGUGCAGAAUCUUCAAAAUCAAGAGAUAGAGAUAAUAUUAAUAGAAGUAGGAGGGAUGAUAGAUCUUAUAGGGAUGCUCUGUUGUCUAAUGGGAAUAGAAGGGGGAACAAUGGUCUAAUGUCUGAGGAUAUCCAGAGGAGGACUGUCAAGGGAAAUAUAUUGAGAUGCAUAUCCCAACAGACAGCGCCAACUGGGUGA